AUGGCAGAUGGAUUCAAUCAAGCCCGCGCUAUGCGAGUCGCCGAGAUAAUCAACGACUACCGCACUCUCCUGCUCCACAUCUCGCAACAGCAGGUCGAAGUAUCCCAAGAGGAAUACUGGGAAGAUGGCUUCGUAGUACUCCGCGAGUCCCUAGCCUCAGCCCAGACCCUAAUGUCCGCCAACUACCAACCCUGCCCGGUGACAGGGCAAGGGAACGCGGAGACCGAGAAAGCCGAGCUACAAAGAGUCAUACUGGACAGCAGCGCACGCCGAUUCCAAGCACAUAAGAUCUACCUGCGCGCCGCCGCAGCCCGGCGAUGGGCCAUGACGCGCGCCGGUGUUCUACGCGGCUCCCCUCCAACAGCCCAGCACUCUGCAGCAUUGAAGAGCGCAACUGCCGCCCUCCAUCAGGAUCUGGCGCGCUUCACAGACCAGCAUGUCGUGGCGGACUUGCGAGCUGCGGAUCUGCGCGCUGGUCACUGGCUUGACGAUGACCCGUCCUUGGAGGUGAUCCAUCGUUGGGUUGCGGAUGUCCCCCCCCCCCGCUUCCCGGGACAGCCUCGUAUCUUCGGCUCUUUUUCAGUCGAUCAUUGUACAUCUCCUGUCGAGAUCACUAUCCGGGAUUGCCGCUUGUCCGACAUUCCUCGGCUUGGGAAGCCUCUCACUAAGGAUACUUCCAAUCAGGAGAUCUUCGAACUUCAGAAUAUUCAGGAUCUUCUUAACCACGAAUCUAGUAAACGAGUCCUCAUGACUAGUCAAUGGUGA